GACCUUUGUGUGUAGACACUCGGUCACUCGAAACCAUUUUUUUUCGCAAAAAACGCAAAAAGAAAAACACGCAGCAGGUGAAUUUGCUACAAAAUCUAGAUCGAAGAUUACACGUUUUUCCCGAAUCUAGCCCGCCGUCUGUGCGCUCCGGUAAAGAACGGAUGCGAAACGGUUUGUAGGACACCGAAGUACCUGAUAGGAAGCACCAGAAAUAGUUCCUGCUCUGUUCUGAUCUUUGGUGGCUCACAAACGUAGCAGAUUUGGGCACAAGUUGCCUUUCCUUUGUUUCCUGUUUUGCGGCCUUCGCUUUAAAACCUCGCCUCGUGUGGGAGUGCCUGUUUGCCCAAGUGUUGAAGAAUACUGAUGAAGUAUCGCUAAUAUUCGGGGACAGUGAAAUAUAUCUGUUGUGCGAUCAACUGUAGAGCCCGUCUGCAGGACUGCUGGUUGCUACUGAAGAAGGAACGCAUCAACAAACUAAGCGCAAAAGACUGCGAGGUACACCAGGACCCACAAAAAGUGCCCAGAUAUGACGCCCAAGCAACGUAAUGUGGCGAUGAUGGGAUAUCGUUCCGUAGGAAAAUCAUCACUCAGUAUACAGUUCGUAGAAGGCCAGUUUGUUGAUUCCUACGAUCCUACCAUCGAAAAUACCUUUACAAAAAAGACACGCUUCAAUCAGACGGACUAUGAAAUACGGUUGGUUGAUACGGCCGGGCAGGAUGAGUACAGUAUUUUUCCCGCUCAGUACAGCAUGGACUUUCACGGUUACGUCCUGGUGUACUCCAUCACCAGUCAGCGCUCGUUCGAGGUGAUAAAAAUACUUUACGAAAAGCUGCUCGACAUGAUGGGGAAAGCAUAUGUCCCGGUAGUACUCGUGGGAAAUAAAACUGAUCUGCACCAGGAGCGAGCCGUUCCGACGGAAGAAGGCCGACAGCUGGCCGAAUCAUGGAAGGCCAAGUUUCUGGAAACUUCCGCCAAGCAAAACGAAUCGGUAAUUGACAUCUUCUCACUGCUGCUGAGCCAAAUCGAACGGGAAAACUGCAAUACAACCGAAAAGAGUAGCUGCAGAAUAUCGUGAACAGUUUAUCGUUGUGCUCCAUUGCUCCAAAUAUUACAUCGGAGGAAGACGGAGUAUGAUCGGCAACACCUACGAAGUGUGAUAAUUUCGUCGUUGUUGCUGAGAAAUAGUAGCGAUUAUAUUUCAACAGUACCGAAACAUGCGUAAUAACGAAUAUCACCCAAUGCAUUACCCACCACGGAGGCAAGAGAAAGCAUAAACGAACGGAACACUAGAACAAAGCACCCAACAAGCGCGCCAAUGCACCCAAGCCCGUACUUUAUGACGGCGUGAUUAUUUCCAUCGAGCACUCAUUCAUCACGCGACUCGAGGCUAGCAAGCGUAAGGUAAGGAGCAAAUAGCAAAACUGUAAAUGAAAACGUGGAAAAUGAAAAUGAAGACAAAAAACCGAUCGUUUCAAAACGAAUCUUGUUCACAAAAAUCCAACAGCAAUAGGGUGUCUCGGCAAAGGUAAUAGUAAAUAGCGUAGCAUCGUUUUUCAAAUUGUUCAUGGAGAGCGAGGGAAGGAGAGGUAUAGCAAAAGCAGAAAACGGAACGUUCCGAAACCAUUUCGUGUUUCAGAAGGUUCCUCCCAGUGGUAUCAAAGCGUCACAAAAAGAAGGCGCAGUCCCAGCGACUUAUGGCAGUACAGUGAAGCGAGAAUGUAGGCACAAAAUAUAUAAAUGGAGUGGACGAUUAAAAAACGCGUGAAGUAAUCGUAAGACGAGUGAAUUUGACUUGAGAGAAUGAGAGAGAGAGAGAGAGAGAAGCAUGUCAAUGCAACAGGAAUAGGUAUGCGGGUCUAACACACUACGGAUGGUAAGAUGAAGUACAGUUUUCGAAACGAAACAAAUCCGAUGUAUCGACUGAAGCGAUGGUCCUAGGGAGAUAUUUAUCACAACGUUUAGAUACCUUUUUUGUUUCGUUCGACAGGAUUGUUUGAUUACGUUCUUUACAUCAUAGUUUUAAGGGAGAUAUCAGUUUUGUUUUUUAUUUCAGUUACAGGAGAUGGCCUAAAUGCUUCCUGGAUAUUUUUUUUAUUAUUACUGGCUAUGCAAUGGUGAAACCAGCGCUAGCGGCCCAUUUGUAAUGAAAACCAAAUUUACUUCAACCAUGCGUCUCACCAGCUCCACUGUGACUUCAGUGAUCGUUCCCGUGUACUGCAAAGAGAAUCGAACGCAACUGCAAAAUACAAAGUGAUGAAGAUCAUACAAAGA